UGACACGGCGUACGUGAUUACGUUACGUAAACUGCCGUGGUUACGUAAUGUAAGUUCAUCCUGCAGGAAGUGUGAUGUGGCUUUGACUCCCAACAAAAAUGUCAGCCAUUUUCAACUUCCAGUCACUGCUGACAGUGAUCCUUCUCCUGAUCUGUACCUGUGCCUACAUCAGAGCUUUGGCCCCCAGCCUGCUAGACAAGAACAAGACCGGGCUUCUAGGAAUUUUCUGGAAAUGUGCCCGAAUAGGUGAACGUAAGAGUCCCUGGGUGGCUUGCUGCUGUGUCAUCAUGGCUUUCAGUAUACUGUUUCUGCAGUAGCAGUUCAAAGAACAACACAAAUGGAAAUGUCGAGAAGAUGAACAGACAACAAGGCACAGACAAUGUGAUCCUCGCUGCACACCCGGAACUCCACUGGUCGUCACUUAGAUAAUGUAAAGAUGGAGACCCUUCACCACUCACCGUAGCAACUGAAAGAAAACGUGUCUGUGUAGGCGGAGGGGGUGAGCACAUAGCCCCGGAGCGUGUACGUUGUCCAUCCACAGACUUCAAGUUCUCUUCUUAUGUUUGCUUAUGUGGAAUGUUCACUGUUUGUGUGUGUGAGGGGGCACCAGUGCUUUCUGUUAUCUGCCUCUUAGCUCAAAGGAAAUAAUGCACAUUCUGACAUCAUUGGUGGGAUCAAGUAACAUAUUGUUUGUCCAAACAUUUCAGACACUUGCCCAAAAAAAAAGUCCUUUUCAGUUAAUCAUAUUUGACCUUUUUUAAAUUCUCCACAAAACAACCUUUCUAAAUGUUAUUAAAUUCCUCCAGAAGGCCCAUUUUUGUAAACUGGAUCGUAAUGUGGUGUGUUUUUAAUCACCACCACUCUGUCCAUAACCUGUGCCCUGCAUGUUGUAUAUAGAAACGGUGAUCGUAUUCCACAUCAAACAAAAUGGUGUUAUAUCAUCUAGCAGGUGUUUAAUUGUUUCAUAUUUGCCUCUAAACAGCUACUGAUGUUUUUUAAAGUCAGUCAGUUUGCCGCUAUUUAUUAAAAACCAUUUUUGGA